AUGCUUCCUCUGCUUUCGCUUCUUCUGCUUGUGCUUCCUCUGCUUGCGCUUCCUCUGCUUGCGCUUCCUCUGCUUGCGCUUCCUCUUCUUGCGCUUCCUCUGCUUACGCUAUCUCUGCUUGUGCUUCCUCUGCUUGCUCUUCCUUUGCUUACGCUUCCUCUUCUUGCGCUCCUCUGCUUGCGCUUCCUCUGCUUGGGCUCCUCUGCUUGUGCUUCCUCUGCUUGUGCUUCCUCUGCUUGCGCUUCCUCUGCUUGUGCUUCUUCUGCUUGUGCUUCCUCUCCUUGCGCUUCCCCUGCUUGUGCUUCCUCUGCUUGCGCUCCCUCUGCUUGCGCUUCCGCUGCUUGUACUUCCUCUGCUUGUGCUUCCUCUGCUUGUGCUUCCUCUGCUUACGCUAUCUCUGCUUGUGCUUCCUCUGCUUGCUCUUCCUUUGCUUACGCUUCCUCUUCUUGCGCUCCUCUGCUUGCGCUUCCUCUUCUUGCACUUCCUCUGCUUACGCUUCCUCUGCUUGUGCUUCCCCUGCUUGCUCUUCCUUUGCUUACGCUUCCUCUGCUUGCGCUCCUCUGCUUGCGCUUCCUCUGCUUGUGCUUCCUCUGCUUGCGCUUCCUCUACUUGUGCUUCCUCUCCUUGCGCUUCCUCUGCUUGUGCUUCCUCUGCUUGUGCUUCCUCUGCUUGCGCUCCUCUGCUUGUGCUUCCUCUGCUUGUGCUUCCUGCUUGUGCUUCCUUUGCUUGCGCUUCCUCUGCUUGUGCUUCCUCUACUUGCGCUUCCACUGCUUGCGCUUCCUCUUCUUGCGCUUCCACUGCUUACGCUUCUUUUGCUUGUGCUUCCUCUGCUUGCUCUUCCUUUGCUUACGCUUCCUCUGCCUGCGCUCCUCUGCUUGUGCUUCCUCUGCUUGUGCUUCCUCUGCUUGCGCUUCCUCUGCUUGUGCUUCCUCUACUUGCGCUUCCUCUGCUUGUGCUUUCUCUGCUUGGGCUUCCUCUGCUUGCGCUUCUCAGCUUCUGCUUCCUCUACUUGUGCUUCCUGCUUGUGCUUCCUCUGCUUGCGCUUCCUCUGCUUACGCUUUCUCUGCUUGCGCUUCCUCUGCUUGCGCUUCCUCUGCUUGCGCUUCCUCUUCUUGCGCUUCCUCUGCUUAUGCUUCCUCUGCUUGUGCUUCCUCUGCUUGUGCUUCCUCUGCUUGCGCUUCCUAUGCUUGCGCUCCUCUGCUUGCGCUUCCUCUGCUUGUGCUUCCUCUGCUUGCGCUUCCUCCGCUUGUGCUUCCUCUCCUUGCGCUUCCUCUGCUUGUGCUUCCUCUGCUUGCGCUUCCUAUGCUUGCGCUCCUCUGCUUGUGCUUCUUCUGCCUUUGCUUCCUGCUUGUGCUUCCUCUGCUUGCGCUUCCUCUACUUGUGCUUCCUCUACUUGCGCUUCCACUGCUUGCGCUUCCUCUACUUGCGCUUCCUCUGUUUGUGCUUUCUCUGCUUGGGCUUCCUCUGCUUGCGCUUCUCAGCUUCUGCUUCCUCCACUUGUGCUUCCUGCUUGUGCUUCCUCUGCUUGCGCUUCCUCUGCUUACGCUUUCUCUGCUUGCGCUUCCUCUGCUUGCGCUUCCUCUGCUUGUGCUUUCUCUGCUUGGGCUUCCUCUGCUUGGGCUUCUCUGCUUCUGCUUCCUCUACUUGUGCUUCCUGCUUGUGCUUCCUCUGCUUGCGCUUCCUCUGCUUGCGCUUCCUCUGCUUGCGCUUCCUCUGCUUGCUCUUCCUUUGCUUACGCUUCCUCUGCCUGCGCUUCCUCUGCUUGUGCUUCCUCUACUUGCGCUUCCUCUGCCUGCGCUUCCUAUGCUUGCGCUUCCUCUUCUUGCGCUUCCUCUGCCUUGUGCUUCCUCUGCUUGCGCUUCCUCUGCUUGUGCUUCCUCUGCUUACGCUUCCUCUGCUUGCGCUUCCUUUACUUGCGCUUCCUCUGCUUGCGCUUCCUCUGCUUGCGCUUCCUCUGCUUGCGCUUCCUCUACUUGCGCUUCCUCUGCUUGCGCUUCCUCUGCUUGCGCUUUCUCUGCUUGGGCUCCUUUGCUUGUGCUUCCUCUGCUUGUGCUUCCUCUGCUUGCGCUUCCUCUGCUUGUGCUUCCUCUUCUUGUGCUUCCUCUACUUCCGCUUCCUCUGCUUGUGCUUCCUCUGCUUGCGCUUCCUCUGCUUGCGCUUCUUCUGCUUCUGGUUCCUCUGCUUGUGCUUCCUCUGCUUGUGCUUUCUCCACUUGCGCUUCCUUUGUUUGCGCUUCUUCUGCUUGUGCUCUUUGGUUGUCCUUCCUCUGCUUGUGCUUCCUCUGCUUGCGCUUCCUCUGCUUCUGCUUCCUCUGCUUGCGCUUCCGCUGCUUAUGCUUCCUCUGCUUGCGCUUCCUCUACUUGCGCUCCUCUGCUUCUGCUUCCUCUGCUUGUGCUUCCUCUUCUUGUGCUUCCUCUGCUUGCUCUUCCUCUGCUUACGCUCCUCUACUUGCGCUUCCUUUGCUUGUGCUUCCUCUACUUGCGCUUCCUCUGCUUGUGCUUCCUCUCCUGGCGCUUCCUCUGCUUGUGCUUCCUCUGCUUGCGCUUCCACUACUUACGCUUCCUCUGCUUGUGCUUCCUCUGCUUGCUCCUCCUUUGCUUACGCUUCCUUUGCCUGCGCUCCUCUGCUUGUGCUGCCUCUGCUUGUGCUUCCUCUGCUUGUGCUUCCUGUGCUUGUGCUUCCUCUACUUGCGCUACCUUUGCUAGUGCUUCCUCUGCUUGUGCUUCCUCUGCUUGCGCUCCUCUGCUUGUGCUUCCUCUUCUAACAAUUCCUCUGCUUGCACUUCCUGUGCUUGCUCUUCCUCUAUUUGCGCUUCCUCUGCUUGCGCUUCCUCUACUUGCGCUCCUCUGCUUGUGCUUCCUCUGCUUGCGCUUCCUCUGCUUGUGCUUCCUCUGCUUGCGCUUCCUCUGCUUGUGCUUCCUCUUCUUGCGCUUCCUCUGCUUGCGCUUCCUCUGCUUGCGCUUUUUCUGCUUGUGCUUCCUCUGCUUAUGCUUCCUCUGCUUGUGCUUCCUCUGCUUGCGCUUCCUCUACUUGUGCUUCCUCUGCUUACGCUUCCUCUGCUUGCGCUUCCUCUGCUUGCGCUUCCUCUGCUUGUUCUUCCUCUGCUUGCGCUUCCUCUGCUUGCACUUCCUCUGCUUGUGCUCCUCUGCUUGCGCUUCCUAUGCUUGCGCUCCUCUGCUUGCGCUUCCUCUGCUUACGCUUCCUAUACUUGCGCUUCCUUUGCUUGUGCUUCGUCUGCUUGUGCUUCCUCUGCUUGUGCUUCCUCUACUUACGCUUCCUCUGCUUGCGCUUCCUCUACUUGUGCUCCUCUGCUUGUGCUUCCUCUGCUUGUGCUUCCUCUACUUGCGCUUCCUCUUCUUGUGCUUCCUCUGCUCCCGCUUCCUCUGCUUGCGCUCCUCUGCUUCUGCUUUCUCUGCUUGUGCUUCCUGCAUGUGCUUCCUCCGCUUGCGCUUCCUCUGCUUACGCUUCCUCUGCUUGCGCUUCCUCUGCUUGCGCUUCCUCUACUUGCGCUUCCUCUUCUUGCACUUCCUCUGCUUACGCUUCCUCUGCUUGUGCUUCCCCUGCUUGCUCUUCCUUUGCUUACGCUUCCUCUGCUUGCGCUCCUCUGCUUGCGCUUCCUCUGCUUGUGCUUCCUCUGCUUGCGCUUCCUCUGCUUGUGCUUCCUCUCCUUGCGCUUCCUCUGAUUGUGCUUCCUCUGCUUGUGCUUCCUCUGCUUGCGCUCCUCUGCUUGUGCUUCCUCUGCUUGUGCUUCCUGCUUGUGCUUCCUCUGCUUGCGCUUCCUCUGCUUGUGCUUCCUCUACUUGCGCUUCCACUGCUUGCGCUUCCUCUUCUUGCGCUUCCACUGCUUACGCUUCUUCUGCUUGUGCUUCCUCUGCUUGCUCUUCCUUUGCUUACGCUUCCUCUGCCUGCGCUCCUCUGCUUGUGCUUCCUCUGCUUGUGCUUCCUCUGCUUGCGCUUCCUCUGCUUGUGCUUCCUCUACUUGCGCUUCCUCUGCUUGUGCUUUCUCUGCUUGGGCUUCCUCUGCUUGCGCUUCUCUGCUUCGGCUUCCUCUACUUGUGCUUCCUGCUUGUGCUUCCUCUGCUUGCGCUUCCUCUGCUUACGCUUUCUCUGCUUGCGCUUCCUCUGCUUGCGCUUCCUCUGCUUGCGCUUCCUCUUCUUGCGCUUCCUCUGCUUACGCUUCCUCUGCUUGUGCUUCCUCUGCUUGCUCUUCCUUUGCUUACGCUUCCUCUGCUUGCGCUCCUUUGCUUGCGCUUCCUCUGCUUGUGCUUCCUCUGCUUGCGCUUCCUUUGCUUAUGCUUCCUCUCCUUGCGCUUCCUCUGCUUGUGCUUCCUCUGCUUGCGCUUCCUAUGCUUGCGCUCCUCUGCUUGUGCUUCUUCUGCCUCUGCUUCCUGCUUGUGCUUCCUCUGCUUGCGCUUCCUCUACUUGUGCUUCCUCUACUUGCGCUUCCACUGCUUGCGCUUCCUCUACUUGCGCUUCCUCUGCUUGUGCUUUCUCUGCUUGGGCUUCCUCUGCUUGCGCUUCUCUGCUUCUGCUUCCUCCACUUGUGCUUCCUGCUUGUGCUUCCUCUGCUUGCGCUUCCUCUGCUUACGCUUUCUCUGCUUGCGCUUCCUCUGCUUGCGCUUCCUCUGCUUGUGCUUUCUCUGCUUGGGCUUCCUCUGCUUGCGCUUCUCUGCUUCUGCUUCCUCUACUUGUGCUUCCUGCUUGUGCUUCCUCUGCUUGCGCUUCCUCUGCUUGCGCUUCCUCUGCUUGCGCUUCCUCUGCUUGCUCUUCCUUUGCUUACGCUUCCUCUGCCUGCGCUUCCUCUGCUUGUGCUUCCUCUACUUGCACUUCCUCUGCUUGCGCUUCCUCUGCUUGUGCUUCCUCUACUUGCGCUCCUCUGCUGGUGCUUCCUCUGCUUGCGAUUCCUCUGCUUGCGCUUCCUCUUCUUGCGCUUCCUCUACUUGUGCUUCCUCUGCUUGUGCUUCCUCUGCUUGCGCUUCCUCUACUUGCGCUUCCUCUCUUGGGCUUCCUUUGCUUGGGCUCCUGUGCUUGCACUCCCUCUACUUGCACUUCCUCUUCUUGUGCUUCCUGUGCUUGUGCUUCCUCUACUUGUGCUUCCUCUACUUGCGCUUCCUCUUCUUGUGCUUCCUCUGCUUGAACUUCCUCUACUUGCGCUUCCUCUGCUUGCGCUCCUCUGCUUGUGCUUCCUCUGCUUGUGCUUCCUCUGCAUGCGCUUCUUCUAGUUGUGCUUCCGCUGCUUGUGCUUCCUCUGCUUGUGCUUCCUCUGCUUGCGCUUCCUCUGCUUGCGCUUCCUCUGCUUGCGCUUCCUCUGCUUGGGCUCCUCUGCUUGUGCUUCCUCUGCUUGUGCUUCCUCUGCUUGCGCUUCCUCUGCUUGUGCUUCUUCUGCUUGUGCUUCCUCUCCUUGCGCUUCCCCUGCUUGUGCUUCCUCUGCUUGCGCUUCCUCUGCUUGCGCUUCCGCUGCUUGUGCUUCCUCUGCUUGUGCUUCCUCUGCUUGUUCUUCCUCUGCUUGCGUUUCCUCUGCUUAAGCUUCCUCUGCUUGCGCUUCCUCUGCUUGCGCUCCUCUGGUUGUGCUUCCUCUGCUUGUGCUUCCUCUGCUUGCGCUUCCUCUGCUUGUGCUUCCUCUGCUUUCGCUUCUUCUGCUUGUGCUUCCUCUGCUCGUGCUUCCUCUGCUUGCGCUCCUCUGCUUGUGCUUCCUCUGCUUGUGCUUCCUGCUUGUGCUUCCUCUGCUUGCGCUUCCUAUGCUUGUGCUUCCUCUACUUGCGCUUCCUCUGCUUGCGCUUCCUCUGCUUGCGCUUCCUCUUCUUGCGCUUCCUCUGCUUACGCUACCUCUGCUUGUGCUUCCUCUGCUUGCUCUUCCUUUGCUUACGCUUCCUCUUCUUGCGCUCCUCUGCUUGUGCGUUCUCUGCUUGUGCUUCCUCUGCUUGCGCUUCCUCCGCUUGUGCAUCCUCUACUUGCGCUUCCUCUGCUUGUGCUUCCUCUGCUUGCGCUUCCUCUGCUUGCGCUCCUCUGCUUGUGCUUCCUGUGCUUGUGCUUCCUGCUUGUGCUUCCUCUACUUGCGCUUCCUCUGCUUGUGCUUCCUCUACUUGCGCUUCCUCUUCUUGCGCUUUCUGUGCUUACGCUUCUUCUGCUUGUGCUUCCUCUGCUUGCUCUUCCUUUGCUUACGCUUCCUCUGCCUGCGCUUCUCUGCUUGUGCUUCCUCUGCUUUUGCUUCCUUUGCUUGUGCUUCCUCUGCUUGUGCUUCCUUUGCUUACGCUUCCUCAGCUUGCGCUCCUCUGCUUGUGCUUCCUCUGCUUGUGCUUCCUCUGCUUGCGCUUCCUUUGCUUGUGCAUCCUCUACUUGCGCUUCCUCUGCUUGUGCUUCCUCUGCUUGCGCUUCCUCUGCUUGCGCUCCUCUGCUUGUGCUUCCUCUGCUUGUGCUUCCUGCUUGUGCUUCCUCUACUUGCGUUUCCUCUGCUUGUGCUUUCUCUACUUGCACUUCCUCUGCUUGCGCUUCCUGUGCUUGCGCUUCCUCUUCUUGCGCUUCCUGUGCUUACGCUUCCUGUGCUUGUGCUUCCUCGGCUUGCUCAUCCUUUGCUUACGCUUCCUCUGCCUGCGCUCCUCUGCUUGUGCUUCCUCUGCUUGUGCUUCCUUUGCUUGCGUUUCCUCUGCUUGUGCUUCCUCUACUUGCGCUUCCUCUGCUUGUGCUUCCUCUGCUUGCGCUUCCUCUGCUUGCGCUCCUCUGCUUGUGCUUCCUCUGCUUGCGAUUCCUCUGCUUGCGCUUCCUCUGCUUGCGCUUCCUCUGCUUGCGCUUCCUCUGCUUCCGCUGCCUCUGCUUGCGCUUCCUCUGCUUGCGCUUCCUGUGCUUGCGCUUCCCCUGCUUGCGCUUCCUCUGCUUGCGCUUCCUCUGCUUGCGCUUCCUUUGCUUGCGCUUCCUCUGCUUGCGCUUCCUAUGCUUGCGCUUCCUCUGCUUGGGCUCCUUUGCUUGUGCUUCCUCUACUUGUGCUUCCUUUGCUUGUGCUUCCUCUGCUUCUGCUUCCUCUGCUUGUGCUUCCUCUGCUUGUGCUUCCUCUGCUUGUGCUUCCUCUUCUUGUGCUUCCUCUGCUUGUGCUUCCUCUGCUUGUGCUUCCUCUUCUUGUGCUUCCUCUGCUUGCGCUUCCUUUGCUUGCGCUCCUGUGCUCCUGCUUCCUCUACUUGUGCUUCCUGCUUGUGCUUCCUCUGCUUGCGCUUCCUCUGCGCUUCCUCUGCUUGCGCUUCCUCUGCUUGCACUUCCUCUGCUUGCGCUUCCUCUUCUUGCGCUUCCUCAGCUUAUGCUUCCUCUGAUUCUGCUUCCUCAUCUUGCUCUUCCUUUGCUUACGCUUCCUCUGCUUGCGCUCCUCUGCUUGUGCUUCCUCUGCUUGUGCUUCCUUUCCUUGCAAUUCCUCUGCUUGUGCUUCCUCUGCUUGCGCUUCCUCUGCUUGCGCUCCUCUACUUGUGCUUCCUCUGCUUGUGCUUCCUGCUUGUGCUUCCUCUGCUUGUGCUUCCUCUGCUUGUGCUUCCUCUACUUGCGCUUCCUCUUCUUGCGCUUCCUUUGCUUGCGCUUCCUCCUCUUACGCUUCCUCUGCUUGUGCUUCCUCUGCUUGCUCUUCCUUUGCUUACGCUUCCUCAGUUUGCGCUCCUCUUCUUGUGCUUCCUCUGCUUGUGCGUCCUCUACUUGUGCUUCCUCUGCUUGUGCUUCCUCUACUUGCGCUUCUUCUGCUUGUGCUUCCUCUGCUUGUGCUUCCUCUUCUUGCGCUCCUCUACUUGUGCUUCCUCUGCUUGCGAUUCCUCUGCUUGCGCUUCCUCUGCCUUCGCUUCCUCUACUUGCGCUCCUCUGCUUGUGCUUCCUCUGCUUGUGCUUCCUCUGCUUGCUCUUCCUUUGCUUACGCUUCCUCUGCCUGCGCUCCUCUGCUUAUGCUUCCUCUGCUUGUGCUUCCUCUGCUUGCGCUUCCUCUGCUUGUGCUUCCUCUACUUGCACUUCCUCUGCUUGUGCUUCCUCUUCUUGUGCUUCCUCUACUUGCGCUCCUCGGCUUGUGCUUCCUCUGCUUGCGCUUCCUCUAAUUGCGCUUCCUCUGCUUGCGCUUCCUCUGCUUGCGCUUCCUCUGCUUGUGCUCCUCUGCUUGCGCUUCCUCUGCUUCUUGGGCUUCCUUUGCUUGGGCUCCUGUGCUUGCACUCCCUCUACUUGCACGUCCUCUUCUUGCGCUUCCUGUGCUUGUGCUUCCUCUGCUUGUGCUUCCUCUACUUGCGCUUCCUCUUCUUGUGCUUCCUCUGCUUGAACUUCCUCUACUUGCGCUUCCUCUGCUUGCGCUCCUCUGCUUGUGCUUCCUCUGCUUGUGCUUCCUCUGCUUGCGCUUCUUCUAGUUGUGCUUCCGCUGCUUGUGCUUCCUCUGCUUGUGCUUCCUCUGCUUGCGCUUCCUCUGCUUGCGCUUCCUCUGCUUGCGCUUCCUCUACAUGUGCUUCCUUUGCUUGGGCUCCUCUGCUUGUGCGUCCUCUGCUUGUGCUUCCUCUGCUUGCGCUUCCUCUACUUGUGCUUCCUCUGCUUGUGCUUCCUCUGCUUGCGCUUCCUCUGCUUGCGCUUCCUCUGCUUCCACUUCCUCUGCUUGUGCUUCCUCUGCUUGCGCUUCCUCUGCUUGUGCUUCCUCUAUUUGCGCUUCCUCUGCUUGCGCUUCCUCUAUUUGCGCUUCCUCUUCUUGCGCUUCCAUUGCUUACGCUUCCUCUGCUUGUGCUUCCUCUGCUUGCUCUUCCUUUGCUUACGCUUCCUCUGCCUGCGCUCCUCUGCUUGUGCUUCCUCUGCUUGUGCUUCCUCUGCUUGCGCUUCCUCUGCUUGUGCUUCCUCUGCUUGCGCUUCCUCUGCCUGCGCUUCCUCUGCUUGUGCUUCCUCUACUUGCGCUUCCUCUUCUUGUGCUUCCUCUGCUUGAACUUCCUCUACUUGCGCUUCCUCUGCUUGCGCUCCUCUGCUUGUGCUUCCUCUGCUUGUGGUUCCUCUGCUUGCGCUUCUUCUAGUUGUGCUUCCGCUGCUUGUGCUUCCUCUGCUUGUGCUUCCUCUGCUUGCGCUUCCUCUGCUUGCGCUUCCUCUGCUUGCGCUUCCUCUGCUUGGGCUCCUCUGCUUGUGCUUCCUCUGCUUGUGCUUCCUCUGCUUGCGCUUCCUCUGCUUGUGCUUCUUCUGCUUGUGCUUCCUCUCCUUGCGCUUCCCCUGCUUGUGCUUCCUCUGCUUGCGCUUCCUCUGCUUGCGCUUCCGCUGCUUGUGCUUCCUCUGCUUGUGCUUCCUCUGCUUGUGCUUCCUCUGCUUGCGUUUCCUCUGCUUAAGCUUCCUCUGCUUGCGCUUCCUCUGCUUGCGCUCCUCUGGUUGUGCCUCCUCUGCUUGUGCUUCCUCUGCUUGCGCUUCCUCUGCUUGUGCUUCCUCUGCUUUCGCUUCUUCUGCUUGUGCUUCCUCUGCUUGUGCUUCCUCUGCUUGCGCUCCUCUGCUUGUGCUUCCUCUGCUUGUGCUUCCUGCUUGUGCUUCCUCUGCUUGCGCUUCCUAUGCUUGUGCUUCCUCUACUUGCGCUUCCUCUGCUUGCGCUUCCUCUGCUUGCGCUUCCUCUUCUUGCGCUUCCUCUGCUUACGCUACCUCUGCUUGUGCUUCCUCUGCUUGCUCUUCCUUUGCUUACGCUUCCUCUUCUUGCGCUCCUCUGCUUGUGCGUUCUCUGCUUGUGCUUCCUCUGCUUGCGCUUCCUCCGCUUGUGCAUCCUCUACUUGCGCUUCCUCUGCUUGUGCUUCCUCUGCUUGCGCUUCCUCUGCUUGCGCUCCUGUGCUUGUGCUUCCUCUGCUUGUGCUUCCUGCUUGUGCUUCCUCUACUUGCGCUUCGUCUGCUUGUGCUUCCUCUACUUGCGCUUCCUCUUCUUGCGCUUCCUGUACUUACGCUUCUUCUGCUUGUGCUUCCUCUGCUUGCUCUUCCUUUGCUUACGCUUCCUCUGCCUGCGCUUCUCUGCUUGUGCUUCCUCUGCUUUUGCUUCCUUUGCUUGUGCUUCCUCUGCUUGUGCUUCCUUUGCUUACGCUUCCUCAGCUUGCGCUCCUCUGCUUGUGCUUCCUCUGCUUGUGCUUCCUCUGCUUGCGCUUCCUUUGCUUGUGCAUCCUCUACUUGCGCUUCCUCUGCUUGUGCUUCCUCUGCUUGCGCUUCCUCUGCUUGCGCUCCUCUGCUUGUGCUUCCUCUGCUUGUGCUUCCUGCUUGUGCUUCCUCUACUUGCGCUUCCUCUGCUUGUGCUUUCUCUACUUGCACUUCCUCUGCUUGCGCUUCCUGUGCUUGCGCUUCCUCUUCUUGCGCUUCCUGUGCUUACGCUUCCUCUGCUUGUGCUUCCUCGGCUUGCUCAUCCUUUGCUUACGCUUCCUCUGCCUGCGCUCCUCUGCUUGUGCUUCCUCUGCUUGUGCUUCCUUUGCUUGCGUUUCCUCUGCUUGUGCUUCCUCUACUUGCGCUUCCUCUGCUUGUGCUUCCUCUGCUUGCGCUUCCUCUGCUUGCGCUCCUCUGCUUGUGCUUCCUCUGCUUGCGAUUCCUCUGCUUGCGCUUCCUCUGCUUGCGCUUCCUCUGCUUGCGCUUCCUCUGCUUGCGCUUCCUCUGCUUGCGCUUCCUCAGUUUGCGCUCCUCUUCUUGUGCUUCCUCUGCUUGUGCGUCCUCUACUUGUGCUUCCUCUGCUUGUGCUUCCUCUACUUGCGCUUCUUCUGCUUGUGCUUCCUCUGCUUGUGCUUCCUCUUCUUGCGCUCCUCUACUUGUGCUUCCUCUGCUUGCGAUUCCUCUGCUUGCGCUUCCUCUGCCUUCGCUUCCUCUACUUGCGCUCCUCUGCUUGUGCUUCCUCUGCUUGUGCUUCCUCUGCUUGCUCUUCCUUUGCUUACGCUUCCUCUGCCUGCGCUCCUCUGCUUGCACUUCCUCUGCUUGGCCUUCCUCUGCUUGCACUUCCUCUGCUUGUGCUUCCUCUACUUGCGCUCCUCUGCUUGUGCUUCCUUUGCUUGCGCUUCCUAUGCUUGCGCUUCCUCUGCUUGGGCUCCUUUGCUUGUGCUUCCUCUGCUUGUGCUUCCUUUGAUUGUGCUUCCUCUGCUUGUGCUUCCUCUGCUUGUGCUUCCUCUGCUUGUGCUUCCUCUGCUUGUGCUUCCUCUGCUUGCGCUUCCUCUGCUUGUGCUUCCUCUGCUUGCACUUCCUUUGCUUGCGCUCCUCUGCUCCUGCUUCCUCUGCUUGUGCUUCCUGCUUGUGCUUCCUCUGCUUGCGCUUCCUCUGCUUACGCUUCCUCUGCUUGCGCUUCCUCUGCUUGCACUUCCUCUGCUUGCGCUUCCUCUUCUUGCGCUUCCUCAGCUUAUGCUUCCUCUGAUUGUGCUUCCUCAUCUUGCUCUUCCUUUGCUUACGCUUCCUCUGCUUGCGCUCCUCUGCUUGGGCUUCAUCUGCUUGUGCUUCCUUUCGUUGCAAUUCCUCUGUUUUUGCUUCCUCUGCUUGCGCUUCCUCUGCUUGCGCUCCUCUACUUGUGCUUCCUCUGCUUGUGCUUCCUGCUUGUGCUUCCUCUACUUGUGCUUCCUCUGCUUGUGCUUCCUCUACUUGCGCUUCCUCUGCUUGCGCUUCCUUUGCUUGCGCUUCCUCCUCUUGCGCUUCCUCUGCUUAUGCUUCCUCUGCUUGUGCUUCCUCUGCUUGCUCUUCCUUUGCUUACGCUUCCUCAGCCUGCGCUCCUCUGCUUGUGCUUCCUCUGCUUGUGCGUCCUCUACUUGCGCUUCCUCUGCUUGUGCUUCCUCUACUUGCGCUUCUUCUGCUUGUGCUUCCUCUGCUUGUGCUUCCUGUGCUUGCGCUCCUCUGCUUGUGCUUCCUCUGCUUGCGAUUCCUCUGCUUGCGCUUCCUCUGCUUUCGCUUCCUCUACUUGCGCUCCUCUGCUUGUGCUUCGUCUGCUUGUGCUUCCUCUGCUUGCUCUUCUUUUGCUUACGCUUCCUCUGCCUGCGCUCCUCUGCUUAUGCUUCCUCUGCUUGUGCUUCCUCUGCUUGCGCUUCCUCUUCUUGUGCUUCCUCUACUUGCACUUCCUCUGCUUGUGCUUCCUCUUCUUGUGCUUCCUCUACUUGCGCUCCUCUGCUUGUGCUUCCUCUGCUUGUGCUUCCUCUGCUUGUGCUUCCUCUUCUUGUGCUUCCUCUGCUUGCGCUUCCUCUGCUAUCGCUUCCUCUGGUUGUGACUCCUCUGCUUGCGCUUCCUCUACUUGCGCUUCCUCUACUUGAGCUUCCUCUGCUUGGGCAUCCUCUGCUUGCGCUUCCUCUGCUUGCACUUCCUCUGCUUGCGCUUCCUCUUCUUGCGCUCCUCUGCUUGUGCUUCCUCUGCUUGUGCUUCCUCUGCUUGCGCUUCCUCUGCUUGUGCUUCUUCUGCUUCCGCUUCCUCUACUUGUGCUUCCUCUACUUGCGCUUCCUUUGCUUCUCCCGCUUCCUCUGCUUGCAUUUCCUCUGCUUGUGCUUCCUCUUCUUGCACUUCCUCUGUUUGCGCUUCCUCUGCUUGCGCUCCUCUCCUUGUGCUUCCUCUGCUUAUGCUUCCUCUGCUUGCGUUUCCUCUGCUUGUGCUUCUUCAGCUUCCGCUUCCUUUGCUUGUUCUUCCUCUGCUUGUGCUUCCUCUGCUUGUGCUUCCUGCUUGUGCUUCCUCUACUUGUGCUUCCUCUGCUUGUGCUUCCUCUACUUGCGCUUCCUCUGCUUGCGCUUCCUUUGCUUGCGCUUCCUCCUCUUGCGCUUCCUCUGCUUACGCUUCCUCUGCUUGUGCUUCCUCUGCUUGCUCUUCCUUUGCUUACGCUUCCUCAGCCUGCGCUCCUAUGCUUGUGCUUCCUCUGCUUGUGCGUCCUCUACUUGCGCUUCCUCUGCUUGUGCUUCCUCUACUUGCGCUUCUUCUGCUUGUGCUUCCUCUGCUUGUGCUUCCUCUGCUUGCGCUCCUCUGCUUGUGCUUCCUCUGCUUGCGAUUCCUCUGCUUGCGCUUCCUCUGCUUUCGCUUCCUCUACUUGCGCUCCUCUGCUUGUGCUUCCUCUGCUUGUGCUUCCUCUGCUUGCUCUUCCUUUGCUUACGCUUCCUCUGCCUGUGCUCCUCUGCUUAUGCUUCCUCUGCUUGUGCUUCCUCUGCUUGCGCUUCCUCUGCUUGUGCUUCCUCUACUUGCACUUCCUCUGCUUGUGCUUCCUCUUCUUGUGCUUCCUCUACUUGCGCUCCUCUGCUUGUGCUUUCUCUACUUGUGCUUCCUCUGCUUGUGCUUCCUCUUCUUGUGCUUCCUCUGCUUGCGCUUCCUCUGCUUUCGCUUCCUCUAGUUGUGACUCCUCUGCUUGUGCUUCCUCUACUUGCGCUUCCUCUACUUGCGCUUCCUCUGCUUGGGCAUCCUCUGCUUGCGCUUCCUCUGCUUGCACUUCCUCUGCUUGCGCUUCCUCUUCUUGCGCUCCUCUGCUUGUGCUUCCUCUGCUUGUGCGUCCUCUACUUGCGCUUCCUCUGCUUGUGCUUCCUUUACUUGCGCUUCUUCUGCUUGUGCUUCCUCUGCUUGUGCUUCCUCUGCUUGCGCUCCUCUGCUUGUGCUUCCUCUGCUUGCGAUUCCUCUGCUUGCGCUUCCUUUGCUUUUGCUUCCUCUACUUGCGCUCCUCUGCUUGUGCUUCCUCUGCUUGUGCUUCCUCUACUUGCUCUUCCUUUGCUUACGCUUCCUCUGCCUGCGCUACUCUUCUUAUGCUUCCUCUGCUUGUGCUUCCUCUGCUUGCGCUUCCUCUGCUUGUGCUUCCUCUACUUGCACUUCCUCUGCUUGUGCUUCCUCUUCUUGUGCUUCCUCUACUUGCGCUCCUCUGCUUGUGCUUUCUCUACUUGUGCUUCCUCUGCUUGUGCUUCCUCUUCUUGUGCUUCCUCUGCUUGCGCUUCCUUUGCUUUCGCUUCCUCUGGUUGUGACUCCUCUGCUUGUGCUUCCUCUACUUGCGCUUCCUCUACUUGCGCUUCCUCUGCUUGGGCAUCCUCUGCUUGCGCUUCCUCGGCUUGCACUUCCUCUGCUUGCGCUUCCUCUUCUUGCGCUCCUCUGCUUGUGCUUCCUCUGCUUGUGCUUCCUCUGCUUGCGCUUUCUCUGCUUGUGCUUCCUCUGCUUACGCUUCCUCUGCUUGCGCUUCCUCUGCUCACGCUUCCUGUGCCUGUGCUUCCUCUGCUUGUGCAUCCUCUGCUUGCGCUUCCUCUGCUUGCACUUCCUCUGCUUGCGCUUCCUCUUCUUGCGCUCCUCUACUUGUGCUUCCUCUGCUUACGCUUCCUCUGCUUGCGCUUCCUCUGCUCACGCUUCCUCUGCUUGUGCUUCCUCUGCUUGCGCUUCCUCUGCUUGCGCUUCCUCUGCUUCCGCUUCCUUUGCUUGUUCUUCCUCUGCUUGUGCUUCCUUUCGUUGCAAUUCCUCUGUUUUUGCUUCCUCUGCUUGCGCUUCUUCUGCUUGCGCUCCUCUACUUGUGCUUCCUCUGCUUGUGCUUCCUGCUUGUGCUUCCUCUACUUGUGCUUCCUCUGCUUGUGCUUCCUCUACUUGCGCUUCCUCUGCUUGCGCUUCCUUUGCUUGCGCUUCCUCCUCUUGCGCUUCCUCUGCUUAUGCUUCCUCUGCUUGUGCUUCCUCUGCUUGCUCUUCCUUUGCUUACGCUUCCUCAGCCUGCGCUCCUCUGCUUGUGCUUCCUCUGCUUGUGCUUCCUCUACUUGCGCUUCCUCUGCUUGUGCUUCCUCUACUUGCGCUUCUUCUGCUUGUGCUUCCUCUGCUUGUGCUUCCUGUGCUUGCGCUCCUCUGCUUGUGCUUCCUCUGCUUGCGAUUCCUCUGCUUGCGCUUCCUCUGCUUUCGCUUCCUCUACUUGCGCUCCUCUGCUUGUGCUUCCUCUGCUUGUGCUUCCUCUGCUUGCUCUUCUUUUGCUUACGCUUCCUCUGCCUGCGCUCCUCUGCUUAUGCUUCCUCUGCUUGUGCUUCCUCUGCUUGCGCUUCCUCUGCUUGUGCUUCCUCUACUUGCACUUCCUCUGCUUGUGCUUCCUCUUCUUGUGCUUCCUCUACUUGCGCUCCUCUGCUUGUGGUUCCUCUGCUUGUGCUUCCUCUGCUUGUGCUUCCUCUUCUUGUGCUUCCUCUGCUUGCGCUUCCUCUGCUAUCGCUUCCUCUGGUUGUGACUCCUCUGCUUGCGCUUCCUCUACUUGCGCUUCCUCUACUUGCGCUUCCUUUGCUUGGGCAUCCUCUGCUUGCACUUCCUCUGCUUGCACUUCCUCUGCUUGCGCUUCCUCUUCUUGCGCUCCUCUGCUUGUGCUUCCUCUGCUUGUGCUUCCUCUGCUUGCGCUUCCUCUGCUUGUGCUUCUUCUGCUUCCGCUUCCUCUACUUGUGCUUCCUUGCUUCCUCUGCUUACACUUCCUCUGCUUGCGCUUCCUCUUCUCGCGCUUCCUCUGCUUGUGCUUCCUUUGCUUGUGCUUCUUCUGCUUGUGCUUCCUCAACUUGUGCUUUCUCUGCUUGCGCUUCCUCUGGUUGUGACUCCUCACGUUCCGCUUCCUCUGCUUGCGCUUUCUCUGCUUGUGCUUCCUCUUCUUGCCCUUCCUCUGCUUGCCCUUCCUCUGCUUGUGCUCCUCUGCUUGUGCUUCCUCUGCUUGUGCUUCCUCUGCUUGCGCUUCCUCUGCUUGUGCUUCCUCUACUUACGCUUCCUUUGCUUGCGCUUCCUCUGCUCACGCUUCCUCUGCUUGUGCUUCCUCUGCUUGUGCUUCCUCUGCUUGUGCUUCCUCAACUUGCGCUUCCUCUGCUUGCGCUUCCUCUGGUUGUGACUCCUCAGCUCCCGCUUCCUCUGCUUGCAUUUCCUCUGCUUGUGCUUCCUCUUCUUGCGCUUCCUCUGUUUGCGCUUCCUCUGCUUGCGCUCCUCUGCUUGUGCUUCCUCUGCUUGUGCUUCCUCUGCUUGCAUUUCCUCUGCUUGCGCUUCCUCUGCUUGCAUUUCUUCUUCAGCUUCCGCUUCCUUUGCUUGUUCUUCCUCUGCUUGUGCUUCCUCUGCUUGUGCUUCCUGCUUGUGCUUCCUCUACUUGUGCUUCCUCUGCUUGUGCUUCCUCUACUUGCGCUUCCUCUGCUUGCGCUUCCUUUGCUUGCGCUUCCUCCUCUUGCGCUUCCCCUGCUUACGCUUCCUCUGCUUGUGCUUCCUCUGCUUGCUCUUCCUUUGCUUACGCUUCCUCAGCCUGCGCUCCUCAGCCUGCGCUUCCUCUGCUUGUGCUUUCUCUACUUGCACUUCUUCUGCUUGUGCUUCCUCUGCUUGUGCUUCCUCUGCUUGCGCUCCUCUGCUUGUGCUUCCUCUGCUUGCGAUUCCUCUGCUUGCGCUUCCUCUGCUUUCGCUUCCUCAACUUGCGCUCCUCUGCUUGUGCUUCCUCUGCUUGUGCUUCCUCCGCUUGCUCUUCCUUUGCUUACGCUUCCUCUGCCUGCGCUCCUCUGCUUAUGCUUCCUCUGCUUGUGCUUCCUCUGCUUGCGCUUCCUCUGCUUGUGCUUCCUCUACUUGCACUUCCUCUGCUUGUGCUUCCUCUUCUUGUGCUUCCUCUACUUGCGCUCCUCUGCUUGUGCUUCCUCUACUUGUGCUUCCUCUGCUUGUGCUUCCUCUUCUUGUGCUUCCUCUGCUUGCGCUUCCUCUGCUUUCGCUUCCUCUGGUUGUGACUCCUCUGCUUGUGCUUCCUCUACUUGCGCUUCCUCUACUUGCGCUUCCUCUGCUUGGGCAUCCUCUGCUUGCGCUUCCUCUGCUUGCACUUCCUCUGCUUGCGCUUCCUCUUCUUGCGCUCCUCUGCUUGUGCUUCCUCUGCUUGUGCUUCCUCUGCUUGCGCUUCCUCUGCUUGUGCUUCUUCUGCUUACGCUUCCUCUGCUUGCGCUUCCUCUGCUCACGCUUCCUCUGCUUGUGCUUCCUCUGCUUGUGCUUCCUCUGCUUGUGCUUCCUCAACUUGCGCUUCCUCUGCUUGCGCUUCCUCUGGUUGUGACUUCUCAGCUCCCGCUUCCUCUGCUUGCAUUUCCUCUGCUUGUGCUUCCUCUUCUUGCGCUUCCUCUGUUUGCGCUUCCUCUGCUUGCGCUCCUCUGCUUGUGCUUCCUCUACUUGUGCUUCCUUUGCUUGCGUUUCCUCUGCUUGUGCUUCUUCAGCUUCCGCUUCCUUUGCUUGUUCUUCCUCUGCUUGUGCUUCCUCUGCUUGCGCUUCCUCUGCUUGCGCUUCCUAUGCUUGCGCUUCCUCUGCUUGGGCUCCUUUGUUUGUGCUUCCUCUGCUUGUGCUUCCUUUGCUUGUGCUUCCUCUGCUUGUGCUUCCUCUACUUGUGCUUCCUCUGCUUGUGCUUCCUCUGCUUGUGCUUCCUCUGCUUGCGCUUCCUCUGCUUGUGCUUCCUCUGCUUGCACUUCCUUUGCUUGCGCUCCUCUGCUCCUGCUUCCUCUGCUUGUGCUUCCUGCUUGUGCUUCCUCUGCUUGCGCUUCCUCUGCUUACGCUUCCUCUGCUUGCGCUUCCUCUGCUUGCACUUCCUCCGCUUGCGCUUCCUCUUCUUACGCUUCCUCAGCUUAUGCUUCCUCUGAUUGUGCUUCCUCAUCUUGCUCUUCCUUUGCUUAUGCUUCCUCUGCUUGCGCUCCUCUGCUUGUGCUUCCUCUGCUUGUGCUUCCUUUCCUUGCAAUUCCUCUGCUUGUGCUUCCUCUGCUUGCGCUUCCUCUGCUUGCGCUCCUCUACUUGUGCUUCCUUUGCUUGUGCUUCCUCUGCUUGUGCUUCCUCUGCUUGUGCUUCCUCUACUUGCGCUUCCUCUGCUUGCGCUUCCUUUGCUUGCGCUUCCUCCUCUUGCGCUUCCUCUGCUUACGCUUCCUCUGCUUGUGCUUCCUCUGCUUGCUCUUCCUUUGCUUACGCUUCCUCAGCCUGCGCUCCUCUGCUUGUGCUUCCUCUGCUUGUGCGUCCUCUACUUGCGCUUCCUCUGCUUGUGCUUCCUCUACUUGGGCUUCUUCUGGUUGUGCUUCCUCUGCUUGUGCUUCCUUUGCUUGCGCUCCUCUGCUUGUGCUUCCUCUGCUUGCGAUUCCUCUGCUUGCGCUUCCUCUGCUUUUGCUUCCUCUACUUGCGCUCCUCUGCUUGUGCUUCCUCUGCUUGUGCUUCCUCUGCUCGCUCUUCCUUUGCUUACGCUUCCUCUGCCUGCGCUCCUCUGCUUUUGCUACCUCUGCUUGUGCUUCCUCUGCUUGCGCUUCCUCUGCUUGUGCUUCCUCUACUUGCAAUUCCUCUGCUUGUGCUUCCUCCUCUUGUGCUUCCUCUACUUGCACUUCUCUGCUUGUGAUUCCUCUGCUUGCGAUUCCUCUGCUUGCGCUUCCUCUUCUUGAGCUUCCUUUGCUUGCGCUCCUCUGCUUGUGCUUCCUCUGCUUGCGCUUCCUCUGCUUGUGCUUCCUCUGCUUGCGCUUCCUCUGCUUGCGCUUCCUCUGCUUGCGCUUCCUCUGCUUGCGCUUCCUCUGCUUGUGCUCCUCUGCUUGCGCUUCCUCUGGCUUCCUCUGCUUGUGCUUCCUCUGCUUGUGCGUCCUCUACUUGCGCUUCCUCUGCUUGUGCUUCCUCUACUUGCGCUUCUUCUGCUUGUGCUUCCUCUGCUUGUGCUUCCUCUGCUUGCGCUCCUCUGCUUGUGCUUCCUCUGCUUGCGAUUCCUCUGCUUGCGCUUCCUUUGCUUUCGCUUCCUCUACUUGCACUCCUCUGCUUGUGCUUCCUCUGCUUGUGCUUCCUCUGCUUGCUCUUCCUUUGCUUACGCUUCCUCUGCCUGCGCUCCUCUGCUUAUGCUUCCUCUGCUUGUGCUUCCUCUGCUUGCGCUUCCUCUGCUUGUGCUUCCUCUACUUGCACUUCCUCUGCUUGUGCUUCCUCUUCUUGUGCUUCCUCUACUUGCGCUCCUCUGCUUGUGCUUCCUCUACUUGUGCUUCCUCUGCUUGUGCUUCCUCUUCUUGUGCUUCCUCUGCUUGCGCUUCCUCUGCUUUCGCUUCCUCUGGUUGUGACUCCUCUGCUUGUGCUUCCUCUACUUGCGCUUCCUCUACUUGCGCUUCCUCUGCUUGGGCAUCCUCUGCUUGCGCUUCCUCUGCUUGCACUUCCUCUGCUUGCGCUUCCUCUUCUUGCGCUCCUCUGCUUGUGCUUCCUCUGCUUGUGCUUCCUCUGCUUGCGCUUCCUCUGCUUGUGCUUCCUCUGCUUACGCUUCCUCUGCUUGCGCUUCCUCUGCUCACGCUUCCUCUGCUUGUGCUUCCUCUGCUUGUGCUUCCUCUGCUUGUGCUUCCUCAACUUGCGCUUCCUCUGCUUGCGCUUCCUCUGGUUGUGACUUUUCAGCUCCCGCUUCCUCUGCUUGCAUUUCCUCUGCUUGUGCUUCCUCUUCUUGCGCUUCCUCUGUUUGCGCUUCCUCUGCUUGCGCUCCUCUGCUUGUGCUUCCUCUACUUGUGCUUCCUUUGCUUGCCUUCCUUUGCUUGCGCUCCUCUGCUUGUGCUUCCUCUGCUUGCGCUUCCUCUGCUUGUGCUUCCUCUGCUUGCGCUUCCUCUGCUUGCGCUUCCUCUGCUUGCGCUUCCUCUGCUUGCGCUUCCUCUGCUUGUGCUCCUCUGCUUGCGCUUCCUCUGGUUGUGCUUCCUCUACUUGCGCUUCCUCUACUUGCGCUUCCUCUGCUUGCGCUUCCUUUGCUUGCGCUUCCUCCUCUUGCGCUUCCUCUGCUUAGGCUUCCUCUGCUUGUGCUUCCUCUGCUUGUGCGUCCUCUACUUGCGCUUCCUCUGCUUGUGCUUCCUCUACUUGCGCUUCUUCUGCUUGUGCUUCCUCUGCUUGUGCUUCCUCUGCUUGCGCUCCUCUGCUUGUGCUUCCUCUGCUUGCGAUUCCUCUGCUUGCGCUUCCUUUGCUUUCGCUUCCUCUACUUGCACUCCUCUGCUUGUGCUUCCUCUGCUUGUGCUUCCUCUGCUUGCUCUUCCUUUGCUUACGCUUCCUCUGCCUGCGCUCCUCUGCUUAUGCUUCCUCUGCUUGUGCUUCCUCUGCUUGCGCUUCCUCUGCUUGUGCUUCCUCUACUUGCACUUCCUCUGCUUGUGCUUCCUCUUCUUGUGCUUCCUCUACUUGCGCUCCUCUGCUUGUGCUUCCUCUACUUGUGCUUCCUCUGCUUGUGCUUCCUCUUCUUGUGCUUCCUCUGCUUGCGCUUCCUCUGCUUUCGCUUCCUCUGGUUGUGACUCCUCUGCUUGUGCUUCCUCUACUUGCGCUUCCUCUACUUGCGCUUCCUCUGCUUGGGCAUCCUCUGCUUGCGCUUCCUCUGCUUGCACUUCCUCUGCUUGCGCUUCCUCUUCUUGCGCUCCUCUGCUUGUGCUUCCUCUGCUUGUGCUUCCUCUGCUUGCGCUUCCUCUUCUUGUGCUUCCUCUGCUUACGCUUCCUCUGCUUGCGCUUCCUCUGCUCACGCUUCCUCUGCUUGUGCUUCCUCUGCUUGUGCUUCCUCUGCUUGUGCUUCCUCAACUUGCGCUUCCUCUGCUUGCGCUUCCUCUGGUUGUGACUUUUCAGCUCCCGCUUCCUCUGCUUGCAUUUCCUCUACUUGUGCUUCCUCUUCUUGCGCUUCCUCUGUUUGCGCUUCCUCUGCUUGCGCUCCUCUGCUUGUGCUUCCUCUACUUGUGCUUCCUUUGCUUGCGUUUCCUCUGCUUGUGCUUCUUCAGCUUCCGCUUCCUUUGCUUGUUCUUCCUCUGCUUGUGCUUCCUCUGCUUGCGCUUCCUCUGCUUGCGCUUCCUAUGCUUGCGCUUCCUCUACUUGGGCUCCUUUGUUUGUGCUUCCUCUGCUUGUGCUUCCUUUGCUUGUGCUUCCUUUGCUUGUGCUUCCUCUACUUGUGCUUCCUCUGCUUGUGCUUCCUCUGCUUGUGCUUCCUCUGCUUGCGCUUCCUCUGCUUGUGCUUCCUCUGCUUGCGCUUCCUUUGCUUGCGCUCCUCUGCUCCUGCUUCCUCUGCUUGUGCUUCCUGCUUGUGCUUCCUCUGCUUGCGCUUCCUCUGCUUACGCUUCCUCUGCUUGCGCUUCCUCUACUUGCACUUCCUCCGCUUGCGCUUCCUCUUCUUACGCUUCCUCAGCUUAUGCUUCCUCUGAUUAUGCUUCCUCAUCUUGCUCUUCCUUUGCUUACGCUUCCUCUGCUUGCGCUCCUCUGCUUGUGCUUCCUCUGCUUGUGCUUUCUUUCCUUGCAAUUCCUCUGCUUGUGCUUCCUCUGCUUGCGCUUCCUCUGCUUGCGCUCCUCUACUUGUGCUUCCUUUGCUUGUGCUUCCUCUGCUUGUGCUUCCUCUGCUUGUGCUUCCUCUACUUGCGCUUCCUCUGCUUGCGCUUCUUUUGCUUGCGCUUCCUCCUCUUGCGCUUCCUCUGCUUACGCUUCCUCUGCUUGUGCUUCCUCUGCUUGCUCUUCCUUUGCUUACGCUUCCUCAGCCUGCGCUCCUCUGCUUGUGCUUCCUCUGCUUGUGCGUCCUCUACUUGCGCUUCCUCUGCUUGUGCUUCCUCUACUUGGGCUUCUUCUGGUUGUGCUUCCUCUGCUUAUGCUUCCUUUGCUUGCGCUCCUCUGCUUGUGCUUCCUCUGCUUGCGAUUCCUCUGCUUGCGCUUCCUCUGCUUUUGCUUCCUCUAAUUGCGCUCCUCUGCUUGUGCUUCCUCUGCUUGUGCUUCCUCUGCUCGCUCUUCCUUUGCUUACGCUUCCUCCGCCUGCGCUCCUCUGCUUAUGCUACCUCUGCUUGUGCUUCCUCUGCUUGCGCUUCCUCUGCUUGUGCUUCCUCUACUUGCACUUCCUCUGCUUGUGCUUCCUCCUCUUGUGCUUCCUCUACUUGCACUUCUCUGCUUGUGAUUCCUCUGCUUGCGAUUCCUCUGCUUGCGCUUCCUCUUCUUGAGCUUCCUUUGCUUGCGCUCCUCUGCUUGUGCUUCCUCUGCUUGCGCUUCCUCUGCUUGUGCUUCCUCUGCUUGCGCUUCCUCUGCUUGCGCUUCCUCUGCUUGCGCUUCCUCUGCUUGCGCUUCCUCUGCUUGUGCUCCUCUGCUUGCGCUUCCUCUGGUUGUGCUUCCUCUACUUGCGCUUCCUCUACUUGCGCUUCCUCUCCUUGCGCUUCCUCUACUUGCGCUUCCUCUGCUUGCGCUCCUCUGCUUGUGCUUCCUCUGCUUGCGCUUUCUCUGCUUGUGCUUCCUGUGCUUGCGCCUCCUCUGCUUGUGCUUCCUCUGCUUGCCCUUCCUCUGCUUGCACUUCCUCUGCAUGCGCUUCCUCUGCUUUUGCUUCCUCUGCUUAUGCUUCCUCUGCUUGUGCUUCCUCUGCUUGCGCUUCCUCUGCUUGUGCUUCCUCUGCUUGCGCUUCCUCUGCUUGCGCUUCCUCUGCUUGCGCUUCCUCUGCUUGCGCUUCCUCUACUUGCGCUUCCUCUUCUUGCGCUUCCUGUGCUUGCGCUUCCUCUACUUGCGCUUCCUCUGCUUGGGCUCCUCUUAUAUCUGAAGUGA